CGCCAUUGAAAGAGCUGUCAAAACCAAAACAACCCGGAUUAUCUACAUUUAUCUAGUAUCUUAAUACAAGUGUAAAGGCGAGACCGUGAAGCACACUCCGUUCCAGGUUGCGCGGCUCCGGUGACUGCUGCUCCUGAGAGAAGAGAGAGGCCCCGGGAAUGACUGAUAAGCAGAACCAGAGGACACGGGAGGCCCAAUGGAGCUCGGACACCGUAGGUCACAGAGAAGCCCGCCCCCUCAGCCUGCCCAGCUGCCCCGGUCUGACCAGCUCUUGGCCGCCGAGGACCUGGGCAUGACUUGUGGACAAAGGAUGGACAGUGUGACUUUCCACCAUGACUCGGUGCUCUCUGACGUGCACAUGCUGCAGCCGCGUGCUCGUCACCUCAUGACCCGGCUCAACCGCACCGGACAGCCAGUCUUCAUGUCCAAGUUUCGGAUCCUGUCUCGAGACCAAGUCCUGGACCAGACCAAGGAUCCAGACCACAGCGAGGAGAGGGGCAGUCCUUUGAGUAGGGAGUCAGAGGAGGGGAACAGUCCUAUGAGAAGGGACCCAGAUGAGAGGGGCAGUCCUGUGAAAGAGUCCCCAGAAAAGAGUGACUUUGGAGAGGGCCCGAGCAGAGCAAAGUCCCCAGAGAAGGACCAGAGCCUAGAGUUGGAUGAAGAUGGAGACUUUGAGUUAAUACGGCCCCGGAGACAGGCCCCUGAAUGUGGACGAGACGAGGUGUGUCCAGUGCUCCUGAGUCAGACUGACCCCCAGGACCCUGAGGACCCCACAGAGGACAACUCAGAAUCUGCAGAUGUCAUAAUGAUCGAGCACACUAUGGCCACUCUACUGGAGGACGUGGGCAAGCAGGUAUGGCGGGGAGCCUUGUUCCUGGCAGACUUCAUCCUGUCAGAGCCCAGGACAUUCAGGGGGGCCACAGUUCUGGAGCUGGGAGGAGGCACUGGUCUGACCAGCAUCCUGACUGCAACUGUGGCUAAGAGAGUCUACUGCACUGAUGUGGGAGAGGACCUACUGAGCAUGUGCAGAAGAAAUAUCUCUCUGAACAAACACAUGAUGGAGCUCAGCGGAGGGGAGGUGAAAGUGAGGCAGUUGGACUGGCUUCAGCGUGACCUCUGCACAGAUCCGGAGGAGGAGUUCAGCUGGAGCGAGGAGGAGGUGGCUGACCUGUAUGACCACACCACAGUCAUCAUCGCUGCAGACGUGGUGUAUGAUGAUGACCUCACUGAUGCCUUCUUCAGGACCCUGUACCAGCUCUGCUCCAGCCUCACCCACAGCUGUGACGUCUACAUCUCCAUCGAGAAGAGGCUGAACUUCACUCUACGCCACCUAGAGGUCUGUUGCGAGGCCUACGAGCACUUCCACCACUGUCUACAGCAGCUCCAGGACCUCGAGGGGCCCGUCCGCUUCAACGCCCAGAGUGUGGCCCCCAGAUUUCCCCAGAGCCUCAUAUACGAGCGCAUGGACCAGCUGGAGCUGUGGAAGGUGUCCGCCACGUACAUUACCAACCUCCAGGAGACCUGCACUGACCACUGACCUCAGCUGACCACAUGGGCUGGGAUCUGACCGCUAGACCCCAACUGACCAUUCCAUCUUGAUCUGGACACCAUAUCGCAGCUGAUCAUCCUCUCUUUGGGCAGUGGUCUGACUGCUCGAUGUGUGGACUGUGAGCAUAAGGCUGUGAGAGUGAAAUACUAAUUAGCAGGCUUCUAUAAACAGGGGCCUCCAGGCUCCUUACAGUGUAAACUGUACCUGUCUAAAGUGGACCCAAACCAGGGACAAAACCUCUACCUUCUUUCUGUACUGUGAAUGAUGAUAGUGAAUGUAUGUAUUUAAAUGAGAAUUUAAAUGAGAAUUUGCCUUAUUUAUAAAGCACAUGCACCUAGGGCUGAACCACAAGGGAAAAAUAUCCCAAAAGGUCCUUGUGAUCUUUGAACCAGUUUGAAUGUUGUUACCUCCUCUGAAACAUACCUGGAGUUGUGUUUUGUUUCAUUCACACAUGUUUGAGUAAUCCAUCAAUCUGUCUACAUCUCCAAAACUCAAAAUGCUCUGUUUUGCCUUGUGUUGUCUCGAAAGGAUAGUUUUCAAGCUAACAGCCCCUUUUACCUUUAGUUUCAUAGAGAUAGCCAUUUCCAGGGCUGAAAUUAUCCAAAUGAUUCUAGUGAAGGUGUGUGGAUUCUAAAAACACAGUGGAGCACUUUCUGUACUACCACAUGACAUCACGAGGUGGAACAGAGAGUUUUCCAUUUGAGAGAAUAACUCACCCUAAAUAUGCAGGGUUUGUGAGUUAAAUAUGUGGAAAUGAAACAAAACAAAGCUUGGGGUAUGUUUUUGAUAAGGAAACAACAUAGAACAGAUUAGAAAAGAGCAUAAAAUGGGCCCUUUAAUUUCAAUUUAAUAAUAGCUUCCUGCUUCUGAAGAAUACAGAAGAAAACCUUGCUUGCUCCUGUUGCUUCCUUCUUUACUUUGCUUUUUAAUCAUUGUACCUCUUCCAGUGUGGGAAGAUGUGUUUGGUUAUGAUUUUCAAGUAAAACAAGAACCAUUUUUACAUUUUUUUAAUAAAAUUUCUGACGAGCUAGCAAUAUAUUUAGGGAAGAUGAGAUGUGGGAAGAAACCAAAUUAAUUCUUUCUGUGAAUGCUGUCAGAACUAUCAACAACAAAUUAAUGAGCUACAAGCUUGGAUAUUCGGAUAUAUAGUUUCAGGGAAGAGGAUGACUGCUACUUUCAAGACAAGAAUGCAAAGCCAAUGCACCCAGUGAUAAAAGACAAUGCUAAUAUAGUUAUGUCACUCAAAAUACAGCUUACAAACACUGUCACAUAUUGAUGUCGAUGUUAAUAUGCAAACAGAAAAUGUAUUUUUUCACAAAUCAUUGACAUCAGAACAUUUUAUACCACUGUAUAGCAUGAUCAAGAGUUCUGGCAUCAACUAUGCUGAACUCUCCCCCCUACCCACCUAUCCCCCCUUGUCUCUCACCCAAACUCACCUGCUCCACCUCCUUGGCCCUUACCUGGUCCCUCACCGGAACUCUUCCCUGCUCGCCCUUUCCUGCAUUCCUCCAGAACUGUUAUCAUCAAGAGCUAGGACACACAGGGCUUCUGCUGUCUCAGGACAUACAGUCAUGAUAAAGAUAAUAUCAUGCUGAGGCCCUGUGAUGGAGCUAUAUCUACAGUUACACCACGUAGACUGAUUAACAGAAGGACAGUUAGACUGUCCAAUCAGAGAAAUUUAGUUCACAUUCCCUGUAAGACGAUAAUAUCCAGUCCUACUGAAACUAAUUUAAAACUUGCUGUGCUCAAUGUCAGAUUUUUAUGUAACAAUUCAUUUUGAAUUAAUGAUUUUAUCUCUUCUUUUAAUCUUGACUUUAUAUUUUUAACCGAAACAUGGCUUGACAAAAACACAGGUAAUGCAAUUCUAGUGGAAUCAACUCCACCCAACUUCAAAUUUGAAUCUGAAACACGAGCAAACAAAAAGAAUGGUGGUGUGUGUGCGUUUUUUAAAGAUAUUUUAGUUACUCACAGGUUGUUACUUGGGGUGUUUUAAUCUUUUGAGUGUGUUUCCCUUAAAAUGGAGCUAAAACAAUCAUCCUCCAUCCUCUACUUAGUAAAAUCAUCAAUAAAACUGUGCUGGGGAGGUUUGUAUAUGGCUGAAAAUCUUUCAGUCGUAUGCACAGACUUUGAUGGUUUAGUCAUUACAGGUGAUUUUAAUGUACAUGUGGAUAAUGUUUUUGACAGAAACGCUAGAAGAGCUCAGUUAUGUCCUUGUAUUCUUUGUUUUGACUCAGCAUGUCAGCGAGCCCACUCACAACAGAGGGCACACUCUGGACCUGCUCAUUACAAAAGGAGUAAGUAUUUCAAAUGUCAGUGUGGUGGGUGUUGCUCUGUGUGAUCAUUUCUGUGUCUUCUUUGACCUGUCUGUUAUUCCCAGAUGAGUGGCUGGUCCUGUAGUUGUUCGAAGGAGACACAUAAAUGAUAAAACAGGUGCACUGUUCAUGGAAAUGAUACACUUUGAAAAUAUGUAACUUCGAGUGUUUUGAAUGUUCUGGACACCAUUGCGCCAAUGAAGAUAAGCAGAAAGCGCCAUGGAGGAAUGAUGACUCGGUCAGGGCACAGAAAAGGGAGUGCCAAAGGGCCGAACGCGAAUGGAGCAAGUCAAAGCUCCAGGUUCAUUAUGAGAUUUACAGAGAAAAGAUGCACAUGUACAACCACAGUUUAUGUAGAACAAGGCAAAGGUAUUUUGCUGACAUUACUGGAAGUUGCAGUAACAACUCUCAUGUCCUAUUUGCAACGGUAAACAGAUUAACAAAUCCCCCAGCUCCGCUGCUGUUAGAACUAAUUUCCACAUCUAAGUGCAGUGAGUUUGCAGUAUUCUUUAAUGACAAGGUUCAGGGCAUUAAAAAUGCCAUCAGUUCCACAACACAAAUAAGAACCCUGCAGCCACCUAGACACUUAAAGCUGACUAACUGAAAGAACUAACAAAACUGUCCAAGAGAUCGUCAUCAGUCUGAGUUCAUCUACAUGCUGCCUCGUUGUAUUACCCACUAAAUUUCUAAAGUCUGUGCUCAACAGUUUACUGUCACCACUUAUUUGUAUAGUUAAUAUGUCACUUCAAUCUGGAACAUUCCCAAGAGCUUUGAAAACUGCGGUUAUCAAGCCUCUCCUAAAGAAGAGCAGUCUUGAUGCCACAAUAUUGAAGAAUUACCGACCAAUCUCUAAUCUGGCAUUUCUAGGCAAAGUCCUUGAAAAAGUUGUUUACCAACAGCUUAUUAACUUUCUCCAAAUGAACAACUCCUUUGAUGUCUUCCAGUCAGGUUUUAGACCCCACCACAGCACUGAGACUGCUCUUAUCAAGGUGACAAAUGACAUCCACCUGAACACUGAUGCAGGCAAAGUCUCAGUCUUGAUCCUGUUAGAUCUGAGUGCUGCCUUUGACGCUGUGGAUCAUGGGAUCCUCCUCUUCUGUUUAGCUGUGCAUAUGACUGAAAGGUUUUUUUUCUUCUUUUUUUCUCCUUUAAUGUUAAUUUUAAUUUAAUUAUUUGUGAUUAUUUAUGUUUUGAUUUGUUGUAUUGUUAUUUUAAUGGCUUUUUUAUUCUGUAAAGCACUUUGAAUUACCUCGUGUAUGAGUUGUGCUAUACAAAUAAACUUGCCUUGCUUAAUAGGAUACUGUUCAAAGUUCCCAUUUUAACUUGUGGUCUAGAAGACUUGAUGAAAACUCUGACAAACUAAUACAGAACUCACUUUUCAGAACAUGGAAUACAGAUCUAAACUACACUGUUAGCUGUAGUGUCGAAUAAAACAGGACUGUUUUUUUCCCCCCUUUUUACAAAUGUACCUUUAAAAAAACAAAAAACAAACCAUAAAUAGAAUUUGUGGACUUUGCCACAUAUUUGAACAAAAAUAUACUAUUGGUCACAAGUCUAGAGAAAUGUCAGAUGCCAUUGGACAAAUUUUGCAUUACUUGUCCUACUAUAACACUAGUAAAAUCAAAUGAAAGUAAAACUGUCAUAUAAAAUUUAAGGUGGACUGUGGAACUUUUCAAGUUGCCUUUUUGUCCCCAUGGAGUUGUUUGCUCAACCUGUCCAGUAUUGCAUUAGCAUUUAUUUAUAUGGGAGUUUUUAUUCCUUAAAAUUUGAGACAAGCAGGUACCCUACAUCAGAAAUGUUAUGCAUUUAAAUUUAAAACAGAAUAAAAUGAAUGUUUUUUUAAAAUAAAAAUUUCAAACAAACUUUUUAAAAUCUCUCAACUGGCAUAUUUAGAUUUUAUUUUAUUGAAAUUAUUCACACAGUUUACUUUUUAGUACAAAUGCCUAGCUUGAAACCAACUUUUUAAAUUAAGUUAAUUUAAAAAGUACAGGUUCCCAGGGGCCCUAUGGUGCUGUGGACAUUUGGUUUAUUGGUAGGACAAUGGAACAUGUAAGGAAAUAUGUAAAGUGGGGAGGGGUCAGAAAGAACAUCUGUUUCUGUUUUUUGACCCAAGCUCCAGAAGAACUUUAACCAUCAGUAUUUUGAUCUUUGUUAUUGAUGUGAUUAAUUCAUUUAAAGCUGUACUGUGUAACUUUUCUGGUGGACGAAGUAUUUUUCUCUCCAUGGAGAUGUUAUUGGUUUUGCUGGAAUGUUUCACUAUAUGGCAUAAACUAGCGCCUGUAUAUUUGUUAGCUAUGAAACACAUGUCAUUGAAUAAAUGCAGAUUUGUUAAGUUUAAUACCAUACUGUGGAACAUUUCUGACAAAGUGGUAACAUAUAUCAGUCAGAAAAGUUACAUUGUGCACCUUUCAAGAAGUGUUUUGUUCUAAUUUAAAUACGUUUAAAUAUGUUCUAAUACCAAUUUGUGAUUUUUUUUUUUUAAUUUUAACUUUGUAUUAUAAUGUGAUUUAUAUUUGUGAUUAAAACCAGCUUCCUCUUUUGACCAAAUAACACAUGUUUGAUGUGUAUGUGGUAAAUAAACAUUUUGAGUG